GAUGUUUAUUUUAGCGGGUUGUAGGUAGCAAGCGCAAUUAACAUUUUGCAGUGUACUUAAUAUUUUAUCACAUUUAGAAGAAAUCCAUUUAAGAACCUAAUUGAAUAGUCGUUGGGAUUCUCCUUUUGCGUACCACUAUUCAGCGUUGGUUCAGUGGAUAAACGAUAAAAUGGCAGCUCCUCCAAUUUUCAACCCGAUCAUACCCUGUGUGCAUCCUAUUCCUGGCGGAGUAUUUCCUGGUCGCAUGAUAAGGAUACAGGGCAACACACCACCCGGGGCACAAAGGUUUGCAUUCAACCUUCAAUGUGGGCCCAACACCGACCCCCGUGAUGACAUCGCCCUCCACCUCAACUUCCGGUUCGUGGAGCAGUGUGUUGUGCGCAACCACCUCACCGCCAUGGACUGGGGCUUGGAGGACACCGAAGGAGGCAUGCCUCUGCGCCCCGGAGAUCAGUUUGAAGCGCUAAUAUUAUGUGAGCAGCUGUCUAUGAAGGUGGCCCUGAAUGGCAUGCACUUCUGCGAGUUCCUGCACCGGAUCCCGUUCCACCGGAUCUCGCACCUGACCGUGGACGGCGACGUCUCCGUACAGUUCAUCGGGUUUGAGGGAUCGGCGCCCGCGCAGCCAGCUUAUAUGGGUGAGCCUGCACAGUACACGUACGGCGCCCCGCCGCCGGCCUACGGGGCGCCCGGGUACGGCGCGCCGCAAGGUUUCUACUAAGGUCAAGCGACGGUGCGGCGACGAUAGCCUAGCCAUUGUGCCUUGAAGCAGUUGGCAUCGAGGAGAAAUCUAUACGAAUAAUGUUUGUUAAGUUUAUUAUGUAUUGAUAGUAUUUUACGUUGUUAAAUCAUUAGCUGUACGUCAUUGUCAUACGUGAAAAUGAAGAAAAUCACUAUUCCGAAUUUGUUUUCUCGAGAUAGCACAAAGAUAUUGUUUUUUUAAAUUCUGACAGCUUUAUGUUCAGCGCAGGAUGACAACUUCUGUUGUUGUUACUAUAUUUAUAUUGUGUGUAAAAGAGUGAUAUAAGGUUUAGAUGUUGGUUUGUUUUCAAUCAAGUGUGUGUGCAAUCAAAAAGUCAUACUUUUUAAACUAACCUUUAACAGAUACAACACAACUUCUCGUUAGCCCCCAUUACACAUUAUCUUUGCCUAUUGGCUCAAACAGGGCGUCAGGACUGGUCACGUAGACUUUCUUCAAUAAAAUUGCCAGGCUUGCUUGGAGAUAAUUAAUUAGACUUCAUAAAAAACAAAAGUUUUUUUUUUUACUGACUUUGAGUUAAAAUUAUGUCUGUGGUUCUUUUGCAUUUAAUAUUAUUUCUCAAAGACUAUACAUUUAUUCCGGCAAACCGGGAUUGGCGAAAUUUUAUUGGUACUUUCAUUCUUAUAUCAUUAGCAGUGUUGUAGUUAGUAACGUCACGAUUAUGGAAUCGUCCUAGAAUUCGUUCGUAGAAUUAUAUCGAUUAUGCUAUAGCUUACAAAGCAAGCAUGAAAAAUUAUUAUUAUUUAUAUUAAAAAGAAAUGACUGAUACGGACAGAUUCCGCCCGAGGCGCCUAACGCAGUUACAAAUGUUAUAGGAGUUCGACGACCUUAAUGUCCUCUAGUUCAUAACUUCAUUCUAUUUCAUUGUUCGCGAAUUGACCCGAAUUAGAUAAAUGUAUUUUAAAAGUUUUCCACAAAAGGGAUAUAAUUAAAUAUUGCUCGAGUUUGUUCGGUA